CAGUGACGUCAUCGCGCACGUCGUGCCUGUGACAGAGCGGAGGAGCGCUAGUGAAGAUGGCGGAACGCGGUUACAGUUUCUCUCUGACCACAUUUAGGUAUGUGCGGUGCCUUGGCACACUCUGCUAGCCCGGCAUUCUCGUCCUCUGUGUGCCGGGACUCUCCGCUGUGCACGCCGUGCGUCUGAGCCGGGCCUGACACCGCCUGGAAGGCCGGCCACGGCGCUGCUUCCCCUACAGGGAACUUUGCAGAGUCACCGCACAGUGUGGGCUGUGAAUGCCGGGCCUGCCGUAACGGGGGCUGUGAAUGCCGGGCCUGCCGUAACGGGGGCUGUGAGUGCCGGGCCUGCCGUAACGGGGGCUGUGAAUGCCGGGCCUGCCGUAACGGGGGCUGUGAAUGCCGGGCCUGCCGUAACGGGGGCUGUGAGUGCCGGGCCUGCCGUAACGGGGGCUGUGAAUGCCGGGCCUGCCGUAACGGGGGCUGUGAAUGCCGGGCCUGCCGUAACGGGGGCUGUGAAUGCCGGGCCUGCCGUAACGGGGGCUGUGAAUGCCGGGCCUGCCGUAACGGGGGCUGUGAAUGCCGGGCCUGCCGUAACGGGGGCUGUGAGUGCCGGGCCUGCCGUAACGGGGGCUGUGAAUGCCGGGCCUGCCGUAACGGGGGCUGUGAAUGCCGGGCCUGCCGUAACGGGGGCUGUGAGUGCCGGGCCUGCCGUAACGGGGGCUGUGAAUGCCGGGCCUGCCGUAACGGGGGCUGUGAAUGCCGGGCCUGCCGUAACGGGGGCUGUGAGUGCCGGGCCUGCCGUAACGGGGGCUGUGAGCGGGAUGGGAGCCUUGCUCAGUGUCAGCCAUCACACCGCCCGACCAUGGCUCCGUGUUAUCCCAGUAUUCAUGGAGUCUCUCUCACACUGGGUGAUCCAUGCUGUGUGUACAAAGCCCUCUAUACCCUGCUGGUGUCCCCCGGGUACUCCACCAUUCAUUCAGGGUCUAGCUUCACAAUGGUCGGGGUGCCACAGCUUUACUACUAUUAUUUAUAAAGCGCCAACAAACUCCGUAGCGCUGUACAAUAGAGGCACCGACAGAGAUGUAUUUGCAACACGUGAAGGUGGACGAACAGGAGCAGAGGGUGUUGAGGGAUCUGCUCAAACCAGCUUGCAUUACUACCUCUAUGAUGGCCUAUAUUGAUGGCUUUUAAAAAUGUAAUGCUUUUUCUUCAUUGUUGGGUUGAUGCUGGCACACCAUACAUCAUCAUAAGGGGGUUGUUUAGUUGUAUGUAUUUGUUAUAAUGAAAUGCUAGUAAACGGCACAGCUCUGUUCAUUAAUAUUUUUUAAUAUGGUAUUUAAAAAAAAAAAUAUAUAUAUAUCCGCUCGUAAGUUGUCCUCUAUUUGAAGUGUACUAAUAGAUUUCACUGCUGCCCAUUUUCUGUCCAUUUUACUAUUCCUUUUAUUGGUUUAUGGAAUGCAGAUUCCACCUUGUCUGGAGUGAAGUCAAUGUCCAUGAACCAGAACCUGGUGCUUAAAAUGGUACUUUAGGUACCAUAACCACUACUGCUGGCUGUGGUGCUUAUGGUGCCAUGGUAAGAAGUUAAACUGUUUCUGAACUGUUUGACAUUUACCUUGCGUUCUAAAGUCCCAUAUUACUUUAGUAAUAUCCAUUAUGCAUAACUUUGAACAUAGUUCUUUACCAUGCUGCUUUGUCCUACUACCUCAAACAUUGAAGCAGGAACUUACCUGCCCACUGUUCUGGUUGUGGUGGUGCGAGUGCUCUUGCAACCUUCCAGAGAAAUUUUGUGAAACUGUUUUGGAACAGUUUGACAACUUGCUUGUAUUCAACCAGGUGCUGGUAGGCACAGCCUUGCUUCUGGAUUCUCUUAAAGGAUAAUCCAGUUUUAAAUCCCAGAUUUACAGAUGAAUCCUUGAUAAUUUAUUGGUGCCAGUAACUUAACCCAUUAAGGACACAUGACUUGUGUGACAUGUCAUGAUUCCCUUUAAUUCCAGAAGUUUGGUCCUUAAGGAGUUAAUAAGGAUUUGUAGGGGUUCAAAAUAUUUAGAAAAUAUAUCCAUUGACACAGUUUUUAGGUAUUGGUCUCCCAGGCUCCUGUGUACAUUCUAGUCUUGAAAGUAUGAUGUUGCACUUUUGAAGUUAAACAUCUAUUCUUCACAUUAAAUCGCAUAGGUUUAAAGCACUUCAUGUUAAUUUAUAUUUAAACAUUAAAAUAACAUAGGUAAAAAAAAAAUUGUGUAAUUUUAACAUUUGAAGAUAAAGGAUUGCAUGAUAAAACUAGAUUUAAAAAAAUAUCUUCAGGCCUACAUCGUUACUCUGAAAAGUUUGUUUCACUUUCACUUUUGAUUCUUUUGUCUGUUCCACUUUCUUAUUGCAGGUCUUGACAAAUGGUCAUAGUAGCCAUUUGCCCUUAUUUGGACUUUUUAAAAACUCUUUAAAACUUUAAAUGAAAGUACAAAAUAAUUAUCUUUGCAUUAUGCAAGUAUAAUUCAUAUCAAAUUAUUUUCUUAUGUCAGUUAUUUGUUGGCUCAAACGUGUAUGACAACAAUUGAGUAAUGGAUGAGCAGUAGAACCAUCUUACAUGCGGAUCUUGUCCUUUCUUUAAAAUAGCUUUAGCUAUAAUGAAUAGCUUGCUCAUUGUGCCAGAACCUAAUAAAGAAGACUAGGUAGUUAAACGGACACUAUAGUCACCAGAACAAUUACAGCUUAUUUCAUUUGUUCUGGUGAGUAUAAUUAUUCCCUUCAGGCUUUUUCCAGUAAACACUGUUUUCAGAGAAAAUGCAGUGUUUACAUUACAGCCUAGGGGUACCUCCACUGGCCACUCAGUUGGCUGCUAGAGGUGCUUCCUAGGCCAGUGCUUCAAUGAAAUUAAGUUAUGGUGCCUGGAGUGAUCCUAAAGGAACACUAUAGUGUUAGUAAUACAAUUUUGUAUUUGAAAUAACCCGUUCAAACACUCACCUAAUUCUAGAGCCGAGGUCCCACGAUUGACUCUGUCUACACCUCCUCCAACAACAUUGCAAGGGGGGACCUAAUGUGCAUGUUCAGCGAGCGUCAUGCGCACAUUCGUUUUUCUCGUUUCAUGAAAUUAAACUUUGUGAAACAGCAGAGAGCUCCUCUAGUGGCUGUCUGCUAGACAGCCACUAGAGGCAAUAUUAACACUGCAAUGAAAACAUUGCAGUUUCUAUAAAAUUGCAAUGUUUUCAUCUGCAUAGUUGAAAGGAUACCAUAGUGCUAGGAAUACAAAGCUGUAUUAAGGGGUACGUGGAGGGGACAUCCUGCUUUCUGAAGGUUGGUAGGUAGUGAUGUCCCGAACGGUUCGCCGCAGACUCAUCAUUGAGUAAACUUUGACCCUGUACCUCACAGUCAGCAGACACAUUCCAGCCAAUCAGCAGCAGACCCUCCCACCUCCUGGACAGCUCACUAAGAAUGCAGCUUCAAAAUGAAUGUAAAAUGGAUGCUGUCCAGGAGGAGGGAGGGUCUGCUGCUGAUUGGCUGGAAUGUGUCUGCUGACUGUGAGGUACAGGGUCAAAGUUUACUCAAUGAUGAGUCCGCAGCGAACCGUUUGGGACAUCACUAUUGGUAGGUAGAUCAAAAACUUCCCCUGCUCGGUCCAGCACUCUCUCAGUAUAGCAAGGGAGCAUAUGGUGUGUAACGCAGGCAAGGACAGAUCAUUGUUAGCUCCCUUGUGGUCCACUGUUUUUCAGUGAAUCAUAACACUGCGGCUGAGCAACCCUCAGCCAUUCACAGAACCCCAGACUGGAAACAGUGCAAGAAUUCUGCACCUACAAGAGGUGCAGACCACAAUCCCUGCCCAAUGGACCACCAUGGAUUAUAAUAGUGAGGGUUAAAUGAAAAGAAACUGGGUCACAAGUUAAAGGUUCACUAUAGGAACCUAGACCACUUCAUCUCAUUGAAGUGGUCUGGGUGCAGUGUCCCUGUCCCACUUAGUCCUGCAAUGUAAAUCAGUGCAGUUUUUUGAGAAACUGCAAUGCUUACAUUGUAGGACUAAGAUUGUCUCUAGUGACUGUCAAUGAGACAGCUACUAGAAGCACUUCCUGCUUGCUAGGCGACCGAUGCUGCAUGAGGACAUCCAGCGUUGGAAUGGGGCAGGGGAAACUAGUGUAAGGAAUAUUACUUAUAGAAUCCCUUUAAGCAUGAACUUACCUGCAGCUUUUAUCCCACACGGAGAGGCAGAGUGGGUAAUGUUAGCAUGAAAAUUAUAGAAGGAAAGGGGCAGAAAGUUGAAAACAAACGUACAGUGUAAAUUGGAUAGCAAGUCAUGGGGGGAAAAGACGUUUUGAGAUCUAAGGAAGAGAGAUUGUCAGAGCAAGUAAGGUGAAAGAAUGGAAAGAGUCUGAAGGUAGAUGUGGGAUACAUGAGGGAGUAGCAGACUCUAUUUUUACUGAGGGCUGUAAAGUCUUAUUACCCUGGAUAGAAGUAUUUUUUUUUCCCCCAUGCCUUAAACGGUACUUCUGCUGAAAAGUCGUGAAACACUAAAUUAAGUUGGCAGAAGGAAAACCCUCCUACAACCAGUUCUCUUGCUCUCCAGCACAAAUAUUCUCCCAACAAAUGCAUGUUGUACUUGCUGGAGGAAUAUGUCAACAUCUGUCACUAUGUUGUGAUGCAGAUGCACUUUGAAGAUGGCCCUGGGUGAGUGUUACCAAGUAAGGCAAUCACAUUAAGUGCGGGAUAGCAUAGCAGGGUUGAAUGUGGCAAGACUUAUGGAUGUCAGAACAAUAAAGACGGGAUAAAUACGAUUUAAAAUAAACUGAAUAUAUAUAUAUUUUUUUUUCUUGUAUGUGAUGUAUAAAUUGGUUUAUGUGUUAUACAAUGAUGCAAACUCAACAUGACCGGCUCACUUUAAAGGAAUACUCUGUUGUAAAUAUAUAUAGUUAUUUAUAGUUAAAGGGACACUACAGCCACCAGAACCACUACAGCUUAAUGUAGGGUUUCUGGUGUCUAUAGCAUGUUAUUGCAGGCUUUUUAAUGUCAAUGCUGCCUUUUUAGAACUACCUUUAGUGGCAGUCGCUCAGACGGCUGCUAAAGGUACUUCCUAGUUCAGUGAUGCAACAGAUUUGUUCAGCAUCUGCACGCUAUGCAUGGAGACGCUGAAUGUUCCCUAGAGAGAUGCAUUGAUUUAAUGCAUCUCUAUGAGGAGAUGCUGAUUGGCGCAGCGUUUUCCUGCGCAUGCCAAUUACUUUUCUGUUGUCAACCAUCGAGGUGAGACCGGGGAGAGAGAAAAGGUACGUUUAAUCACCUUAAAACUUCACAGAGGUAUCUGGGGACCGAAACAACUAUUCCAAAACUAUAGUGUACAUGUCUGUAUUCCUAACACAAUAGUGUUCCUUUAAUAUUCCUCUUCUUUAGAUUGUUGGGCCCACCUGUAGUUAAAACCCUUUUUAAUUAAUUGCCAUUGUUGUCUUGGUGUAGCAGCUGCUCCACUUCUGAGAUCAUGCGGAUGAUGGUGGGCAAGUCCAAUGCUCCUCAUACAGAAGCAAUGGGGCCUAUGGCUGAUCUGGGGCAAAUUAUGUGCUCAGCCAUUUGGCUGCCUGCUAUAUAGAAGCAUUCAAAGUGUUUGGCAAUGCUGAAUGUGAAGGCUUAUUGAAAGUCUUCACAAAGAAGCACAUCCAGUAGCUGUCUGUCUGAGAGCUAUUAAUAGAACUCUGAGUGAUAUAGAUCAAUGUGCUGGGAUAAUACGAUGCAGUGGAUAUGGUGUCCCUUUAACAGAAAUAUUAAUAAUGCAUACCUUAUUUUUAUAUACUUUGCGCAUAUUUUGAGGAUUAUAUACAUAGGCCUUGAUUACGCCUCUAGCAAGUGGUUCCCACACUUUCUAGAAGAAUCACUCUCCCUUUAUGAUACCGAUGCACUGGCAAUGCAGUCAACUUUUCUAAACCAUGGGAUGGAGUGCCCUGGUUGCGGAGGUGUUCCCAGGCAGAGUUCAUAAAGUAAGUGUGUUGGAAAGAGCAGGGUCACUCUUUUAUGGAGGCACUAACACAAUAGAGAGGAGUUAAGUAUGAACGACAUUUACUGGUUUUAGAGCUGUCAUGAUGGGUUCAUUUUAAAAUGCUGUUCUUUAUGAGUUAUUUAAAAAAAAAAAAAUAUAUAUAUAUAUAUAGUGACUACAUAUAGCCUUUACAGUAUGAUAGACCUACACAUGUAUUUGUUAUAAUUGUAAGAACAGUGAGCAAUGUGUGAUACUGCAAAAGGUGCAUGUCCUGCAUUUGUAUAGAAUAUUUAUUUUAACAUGCAAGAAAGAAAAUGAUAAAGGCACUGUUUCAUAGCUGAGCAAAACAUCCCUUAGUUAUUAAAAUAUGUAGGAAACUAGUUUUAAAAACUAGUAAUUUAGUUUGUAUAUGUGAAUCCUAAUAUUAGGACUGAUUCUGUUUUAUUGGAAACUUGGGUGCUUACUUUUCUUUAACCAAGCAUUUGCAUUUGAGCGGUUCCAAGAUUAUAUCAGUGUAGAAUGUCCAAGAAAGCACAGUAAUCCAAAACAUUCAAAACAGAUCUUGUUUCUAGGCAAAUUUAUAUUUCUAGGAUUUCUAAACUUACAAGAGUAAAGAUAUUGUGUAAACCCCUCAUAACUAGGUAAACAUGCAACUUUUGCAGUUUGAAUAACCUUCUCUUUAAUUUUGUAUUUCCUAUUCCUCCCUAGUCCGUCAGGCAAACUUGUUCAGAUUGAGUAUGCUUUGGCUGCUGUCGCUGCUGGUGCUCCUUCAGUUGGAAUAAAAGGUAUCUAUCCAUACAGCUUCAGUGACUGUUGUUACAAACAUCGACUGUCUAGUUAAUAAAUCAUUUUUAGUUUAGUAUUUGUUUUACAUGAAAUAGAGCUUGUACAAUAGAUGAAUAACAAGCCAUAUUUUUGUCCUUCUUGUUAAACUCCCUGAUAUAAUGUGAAUUUUGCAUUUCAGCGUCAAACGGUGUGGUUUUGGCAACUGAAAAGAAACAGAAAUCAAUCUUGUAUGAUGAGCAAAGUGUACAUAAAGUGGAACCAAUAACCAAACACAUAGGCAUGGUCUACAGUGGCAUGGGACCGGACUACAGGUGAUUUUCAUGCAUGAUGGAUUUCUUUGCUAUUGAAGUGUUUUUUUGUUUGUUUGUUGUUUAAUUCUUUAUUUUUGUUGUGCAGGUUGUUAUAUUGCAAUAUCAGACGCCACAACAGCAUUCACGUUAUAUACAUUUUAGACAGUGGCUCGAUUAUCCGCACAUUAUUUUAUGGUACAUGAAUUUCAACAUACAGAGGUGUAGUGUAGCUUGGAAGUGUUCAUAGUAAAAUGUGGUGUUUCCCUAAAGUGAGGUGUGACUUGCAAGGAGUUUAAGAGAGUCGUGCGAGUCUCAUUGAGCACUAAAUAAUAGUGAUUUUGUUUGUAUGCUAGGUGUAUAUCCUGCGCUAUAGUUGCUUGUGGUGAAAUUUGGGAUGCGUGUGGUCUCUUAGUGGGUCUGGGAAGGCACACUUGGAAACUGUAUAACAGAGUGUCUGUAGCGUGUGUCUGUAUGCUCUGUGAGCAAAUCCUCUGUGUGGGUGCUGUUGUGCUGUGCUGGACAGAGGUUGCCAGUAGUUCUUGCUUUGUGGUCUUUGUGUAUUCGGGUAGUGUGCCGUUUAUAAAUUGCAGGCAUAUCAGGCUGCUGGGUGAGUAGGUGUGUCAAUGCAAGGUUCCUCUCAUGUGGGGCCCCCGGUUGCCCCAGAGGGGUGUAGUGUGUGUGGAAGCAAUGUUGCAUACCUACGGAGAAAACAAUAUAUACAGUGUAAACAAAACAAAAAAAAAGACCCAUUGUGGUCAGGUGUCCUCUCUGACUUGGUCGUAUUGCGGCAUUUAGUGUCUCUAUUAAGAGGAAUGGGGACAGCGGGUGUUAGUGUGCCCCAGACUGGCAAACUCAGGUGGGCGGUAUGCUCUUUUCUAGCCCAUUUAACCCCUGGGCCAGAGAAAAGGGGGGUAGGGGGAACAAUGGCGAAUACCUUCUUCCAGUCUAAGGGAGGUUAAUGAGCGUUAUAUGCUCUACGUGUGAGUGGGGAUGCGGGUUUAAGUGCCAGAUUGCAUGAGUCCCGAACUGGGCCUGUGAUAGGCUGUCUCUUAUAAAGUCAGGUCUUGGCUCUGUCCUGUGAGCCCUGGGUGACCUGUCUGGGCACAAAUUCCGCCGAAGUUUCCCGGGUUCCAUCCGUGGGUUGGUCGCUGUGCUGCCUCCGGUGCAUCGAUGUUGAGGAGGUGUUGGGGAAUGCCCAGUUGCUGCAGGUUUGUUGCGGCUUCCCGGAGGUCUCGGAUGAUGUGGGUUGUAGUCCCGUGGGCAAUUGACAGGGCACGUGAAGGGCGCCAUCUGUAGCUGAGGUUAUGUUUUUGUAGGAGGGUGGUAAGCAGCCGCAUCUCCCGACGCCAUGCCAAGGUACUACUGCUCAGAUCUGCAUAAAAAGUCAGGGAAAUGUCUUCAAAGGAGUAAGGUGAGUUGCCGCGCAGUGCAUUUAGGAGGGCUGCUUUGUCUCUUCCUCUAACGAAUUGUAUGAUCAAGUCCCUUGUGGCCGAGGUUGGUGCCUGGGCGGGUUUGGGCACUUUGAAUAUGCCCUCCGUCUCUACCGUUUUGGGCGUGAGCAGGGCCGAUAGUCUCCUCACCACAUGCGGGAGCUCCGCUUCAGGUACGUUGUCAGGGAUCCCCCUGACCUUUAUGUUGUUCCGACGGCGGGAGUCUUCAAGGGCAGCAAAGCGGCCUUCAUUGGAGCCGUUUAGUUUUCGCUGGACUUCUUGCUGGAGGGUGGUGAUCUGCUUUUUGGAUGAGAGUGAGGUGGUUUCCAGGGCUCCUAUCCUGCCAGUCAGGCCUUUCAAGUCCUGGUGGAUCAUGGCCAUGUCUGCCUGGAGGUUCUUUUGUAAGUCCGCCAGUAGCUCUUUCAGGAGUGCGGCCGUCACCGGAGCUGAGUCUGGCAUUGUCGUCGGGAUCAGCGGCGGGGGGAGCGCCGGAGCUGGCAUGUAUCCCUUAUCGAUUCCACAGGAAAAGUCGUUUGAGAGGUCCGAGCAAUCCCCAGUAAUGGUCGCCAUCCCAGGCCCUUGAGCGCCAUGAGCCUGCUGCCACAUCUCUCCUAUGUUUAUGCUCAUUCGGGGCUCUUCUUGCCUCGCUUUUUUUCAUUUUUUUUUCCCCCAUCUGGGUUUAGGGCUCCAGGGAGAGUUGUCGGGCCCUGUUGGUCCGGUCUGGGUAUCGGAAAAUAGGGUAUUUAUCAGCUUUGCGGUCCGGAGCUCCAGACACAUGCGACUGUUCGCUUUGGCAGUCAGUCUCCACCCCCCGCUAUUGAAGUUUUUAAUGCACUCUGCUGACAGCUGACAAGUGGGAGAAUAGCUUCAAUGUUAUGUUAUGUGAUGUAAACAUUCAUGUAUAAUUGCUUAGUAUUAUAUGCUUGUACCUUGGCUCCAUGUCCACUUUCAAAAGGAAGUAUUUAAAGAAAUCAAGUGGCGCUGCCUUAGUUUUGUUUAUGUAUUUUUUCUUAUCAUGUGCCUGUUGUAUAUUAAAGGGACAUUGUAGGCACCAGAACCACUAUCUCUUAUUGUAGUGGUUCUGGGGCAGAGAGAGUCAAUUAAUCUCAAUGAGGAGACUGACGACUGCCGCGUAAUUGCUUUGCCCCCUCAGUGCUUCAGUAUUGAUUAUCUCAGUCAGUGGAGGAGGAGCAGUGCGAGUAGAUUGGUGUGCCUUUGUGAAAUAAAGUGAAUUAAAAAAAAAAAAAAUAUAUAUAUAUAUAUAUAUUUAUAUUUAUAUAUAUUUAUAUUUAUAUUUAUUUAUAUUUAUUUUCUUGUCGGGGCCUGAAUCUAAGAAGACAGUAGAACAUUAGCAUUAGGUAUACAUGUUUAUAUUACAAUACUAAUGCUAGAGUGGUCCUUUAAAGGGGAUCUGUCACUUUCCAGGCUUUUUAAUAUUAUUUUAUUUUUUUCAAUCCUAAAUUUAAAGGGUUACCCUCAAGCACUACAGCAACAUUCGUGAUUUGAAGUUGUCAUGGUUGCUGGAGUCUGUAUGUGCAGCAUUUCACUAUGAAACAGGGCCCAUAUGAGGUUUAACCCCUUUGCUGCCAGAGUUGUAACUCCACUUAAAGCAGUCUCAUUUGGGCAUCAUCAAUCUGCCCUGAACAAGUGUUCCUGGCUGGGUAAUGUUGAUUCUGUACAUACAUUUCUGAACGCACAGUUGAUACUCAACCAAUGAAUGGCCUAUCAUUAUAUAUACAUACACACACACACACACUGUAAAUAAAUAUUCAAUUAAUGUAAUUUUAUUGGGAUCUAAUUUUAUUUAGAAAUUUACCAGUAGCUGCUGCAAUAAGUCAAUAAGUUUUCCCAGUUUUUUGUGGUAAAAUUAGGGGCCUCGACUUAUAUUCGGGUCGUAUUAUAAUCGAGUAUAUAUACGGUACCUCUUUAUCUUGUAACUUGGUGCGUCCUUCCAUGUUAUUCUAUGUUAUAAGCUUGAUGCUUUGCAUCGGAAAGUCAGCAUAGAGAAGAGCAGAAAUUAAACAUUUAAAUUAAAAUUAGAUGUUUUCUUCUUCUACAUUUUGCAAUGUUUUCACUCUUUCACUUGUCUGAACUGGUUUGUGAGCAUCUCAUGAAAAAGGUUAAUUUAUGUUUUCGGUAAAAUAGUGUAAAUUAGAAAAUAAAUGAGACUCCCUAUAAUUAUUAUAACCCCACCCCCCUCCCCAUUGCCACAUGCCUUUAUUUAUAUUUAUCUUUUUAUCACUUGUACCAUAUCUGAGUGUCUCCAUUGUUCUUAACCAGGAUGUCUUCAGUUUUAACUUCUAUGAAAUUCUUGGUUUAAUCCAGCUAUUAUUUUAGGGCACGUGAUUUUACUCAUGAAAACAUUGAAUGAAGUUACUGGUGCAAGUUAAUAGUGUUAUGUCAGCUGCUCUUAACGUGUUACUCCAAGCAUCAUACUCCGUACAAUGGUUAUGAUGCUGGGUGUACCUUCGUGCUGUUCCUCAGUAAUAGGUAAACUGUUUUGCAAUGGUCUGCCUCUUACCUGAGUCACACUGUGCAAUGAGCCUCCUGACAUGCUGGUUGACUUCCAUGCGGCUUCUGCACAGCUGUAAAAGCUGGAAGGUGAUCCCAGCAGUCAUUAUUUGCUGAAAGAAUUGACACUGGCCAGAACAGAAAUCUGUGGAGUUACACCACUGGCGACAACAUAGGAUAUCUCAGUGUUUUAUACUGAAAGGCUGCGUAUACAAGGUCCUUACUCCAAGAUCUUUUUAAAACAAUGAAGUGGUCAUGGUGCUUAGAAUAACCCUUUAACUGGAUUUUGUGAAUGAAGAUUUUGGCUGUUCAGUUUACCGAGUGCUGUAUUGUGUUUAGUAAAAAGACUGAUUGCUAAACUGCAUAUCUCCAUGAAUAGGUUUAAACUACUUUGAGUGCUGCAAAUCCCAAGUGUCUUUUCUUUUUGUAGCAAAAGAACGGCGGUAAGACAGCUGCGUGGUACAGUUGUGCAGGCAAGCCACUAUAGGUGGGAAAACACUCCCUGUAUCCUUAAACAGUGCACAGAAACAAAACUGUAUAAUAACAAAGUAUUAAUACAGAAAAUAGGGGGCCACUUAUCACAAGCUUAGUGGUUGGUAUAUUUACCCCCUUUUUGGUCGGUACAAAACCCUCACAUAAAGAGAGAGAGAGAAACAAUCAUAGUGCAAACUUUAAUUCAAACCGUAAUAAAAACUAAAAUAAAAUAUAGCACUCACAAACAAUAUGGCACAUUUGAAAAUUAUCAAUAUAUAUAUAUAUAUAAAAGCUGUAGCCUCCAAAUGGGCUUAAUCCCUGGGUGUACCAGUCUGUUGUAGUUGCUCAGAUUCCACAAGUUGGUAGAACCGAUAGUUACACCAUCAGAUACCGGAAAACACCUUCCAGGGUCGGGGUCUGCUCAACGCGUUUCGUCUCUUCUAAGUUUUCAGACUUUGUCAGGAGCUCAGUUCUAUCUGCCAACUUGUGGAAUCUGAAAAACUACUACAGACUGGUACACCCAGGGAUUACGCCCAUUUGAAGGCUACAUCUUUUAUGCACAUAUUGAUAAUUUUCAAAUGUGCCAUAUUGUUUGAGUGCUAUAUUUUUUUUUACUUUUUAUUACUGUUUGAAUUAAAGUUUGCACUAUGAUUUCUCUCUCUCUCUCUCUUUUUAUGUGAGGGUUUCAUACCGAACAAAAAGAGGGUAAAUAUACCAACCACUAAGCUUAUGAUAAGUGGCGCCCUAUUUUCUGUAUUAAUACUUUGUUAUUAUGCAGUUUUGUUUCUGUGCAUUGUCUUUUCUUUUUGCAGCCUUUCUGUUGAAACGAUAAAAAAAUCAGUGCUGACAACACCAGCUUGGACAUUUUAGCCAAUGUAAAAGUAGUAGUAUACAUAUUUGAGUAUGUUGUAAAUUUUGAAUUUUUUCAUGGUGAUUUAAAACAAGCGUAACUUAUUUUUAUUUAUUUUUUAACCCUGAUUGAUUCCUUUUUUUUUUUUUUCUUCCUGCUACAGAGUUCUUGUUCGAAGAGCCCGGAAACUAGCCCAGCAAUAUUACCUUGUGUACCAAGAGCCCAUUCCAACAGCACAAUUAGUACAGCGAGUAGCCUCCGUUAUGCAGGAAUACACACAGUCUGGGUAAAUCUUAUUACUUUGAUAUUUUAUAAAAGUAAGUGAUGUUUGAUAUUGCAGACACCAGGAUAUGCUGUUGAUCUGGGUAACACACAUAAUUACGCAGAAAUUACAGAAAAUGUAUACAGCACAUAACCUCCAAUAAAUAUCUGUGUGUGCAUGUAAUAUAAUUCUAACCUCUGGGAAAGUACCCCUAUUGACUCCCCAGUUUUCUAUUCUGUGCAAAGAGAAAAGUAUUGUAAGGUAUUCUUGGACUCCCAGAAACGUGACCGAUAUCACCACCCUUCUCGGAGAGACAAUAUUAAUAACGCCAACAAAUUCCGUAGCGCUUUACAUUGGGUGGAUGCACCAGAUUCUAUCUGUUAUGGAGAAGCUGUCAUGCUGGAGAUGAAUCGAGGAUUAAUAAAACCGCUCAUAAAGCAAACAAGUCUAUCAAAAUAUUAUCUUUAUGACAAGUUUUGUAUUUACUUGUUUAGCAGCUGUUAUCUGCUCCUGAACGUGUCAUGACGGGUUUACUUUAAGUAAUAUACAAAUGACAAAAAGUAUAAUUGAAUUUUAGUCCAGUUUAGUUUUUUUGGCUGCUGGUAGUAUAAAUUAUAUUUAAAGUAUCUGAGCAUCCUGAAGAUUCUCACUAGUGAGUGAAAAAGUACAUUUCCUAGGUAUUUCUUUUUUUGUUUUUUUUUUCUCCUUCUGUAUACUUGUUUUGUUUUACUACUUGCAGAAUCUUUUGAAUGAUGUCUUUAAAAACAUGCCCUGAGUUAGUUACAUUUGUUUUUGCAUAAAGGAAUUAAUUCCUUGUUAAAUGAGCUGGUCUGUUUGUUUCCUCAGUGGUGUGCGUCCAUUUGGAGUCUCAUUAUUAAUCGCAGGCUGGGAUGAAGGACGGCCAUAUUUGUUUCAGUCUGAUCCAUCUGUAAGUAAGAUUGUGUGCUUUUCGUUUUGGGCUUUAAUGAUUUUUAUUGUUGCAGUGCGUUCUAAGUUGCAUUUACAUAUUUGAAAAUGGUCUCUAUGAAUAUAUCACACUCUACAAUUACAUGGCCAACACUGCAGUGCGUCGUCAUCAAUAUAAAUUACAUUAUGAAAACUAGGAUUGUGGGCAGAUAGUUAUAAAUAUUAAGCUAAAGUACUAUGAGUGGAACAAUAAUUGAAAACUCUUAAUCGUGAAGAUCACUUAUGUAUUGCACGUUCUACUUUAUUGCUCUCUCUAUGCUUAUGGUAGUGAGGAAAGUGAUGAACUUACACCUCUUAGUUUGACACUAAUGAAAAGUACAUUAACCCCUUAAGGACACGUGACAUGUCAUGAUUCCCUUUUAUUCCAGAAGUUUGGUCCUUAAGGGGUUAAAAGCAUGUUUCAUGAAUUUAGGUGAGUGCAUAGAAUUUAGGAGAGAGCCAGCAUUUUAUCCCAUUUUUAUCCCUAUCAAAUUUCGUUAUACGUGACUGCUUUUAAACAUCUCAGAAGAAAUGUAAUUAUGUUGUGCCCUUUGCUUAUUUAUACUGCUUUAGAAAUAUUGGGCAGCUUACAUUUUGUGCAGAACUGAUUUCUAAUAAUCAUUGUUUGGCAUUUUGUUUUUUGUAAACAUGGUGUAUUUUUUUUCUCUUAAGGGAGCCUAUUUUGCCUGGAAAGCAACAGCAAUGGGAAAAAAUUAUGUAAAUGGAAAAACGUUCCUGGAAAAAAGGUACACAGAAUAGUUCAUAGGUAGCUUAAAACACAUCAUGUUUAGCUGUAACUUCAAAAUCACGAUUGUCUGUGAUUUUGGUGGUGUGUUUUUUUUUUUUUUUUUUCAAAAAGCUGAAUAUGGCGGACCAUUUUUUAAUUAAUAAAUGUUUUUAUUUUUUUUUUAAACUCCUGACUUUUUUAUGGUUUUGAAUAUUUGUUGUUCUUAGGUUAGCUAAACUCAUAUUGGGACUGUAUAUCAUUACAUUUCUAUUUAGUACAAACUAAGCUAAUGUUGCUGUAAUUUUACUUUUAGAUACAAUGAGAAUUUGGAGCUUGAGGAUGCUAUUCACACUGCAAUCUUAACACUCAAGGUAUUUAUCAAACUCAGCAACUGGAUUAAAAAAGUAUUGAUCAUAUUAAUAUUUAUAAUAACACAUAUUUCUGCAUCUUAACAGGAAAGCUUUGAAGGGCAAAUGACAGAAGACAAUAUUGAAGUUGGCAUUUGUAAUGAAGCUGGGUUUAAAAGGCUUACCCCUGCUGAAGUGAAGGAUUACUUGGCAGCUAUAGCAUAAGUGAUCCGACAGUGGGAGUACGGUUGAUGUAGUUUUUUUUUGUUUGUUUUCUGCCACUAAAGGAUUCAAAAUGUUUUCUUUGCAGGUUUUUUUGCAUACUUUCUUAUUUCUACCUGUUUGACAGAUCUUUUUAAAAUGACAUGGGUCGAGUCACAUUAAACAAUACAAAUUAGAAUUUUGUCACUUUAUUUUUUUUGUUUGACUUAUCUACACUAUAUUUCAUUCUUUUGAAUAACAUAGGGCGAUUCAGUCCUCAAACAACGUCAGCAG